AUCGGGAGAGAUUACAGCCCUCCCUCUCUCUGCCUCUCAUUCCCUGCAGCUCGAUGAAAGUAUAGUCCAGUCUCCGGGGGAAUCAUUUCCCAGCAUAUAUACAUUUUCCUGCACCGGAAUUGCUGCUAUAAACUUGCAGGAGCUGGAGGAUAAAAGCUUGGGCAUCCCUGAGAAUUCAGACAUAAAGGUUUUUCUGCGCCUCCUAAGCAGUCAGCAGGUGGUUGUGGGUCAAAGGUUGGGGGUCCAGUGACCAUGAGGCAGGCUGUGGAGGCUCAGGUGUUAAACCCCCACUGUGAGCUAGGAGAACACGGCCUGCGUCAGAUCCUGACGGAUGUGAUCGAGGAGGUGAGGAAGUCUGUGAAUCACGACAUCGAUGGAGCGGAGAUCCUCCACAGUCUGAAAGCCCCCUGGCUGCUAUCGCUGAUCAAGGUUUAUGAGUGUCUCCAAACGUUCCUGAGGGAUUCCCCAGCUCCGGCUCUGGACUACGCGUCAGGACUCUCCCUCCAGCUGCUGAUUGACAUCAGAUCAUUGCCGGGCUGCUCUGAAGAAGCCAAAGAGCUGUACCGCCUCCUGAGACAGCCUCACCUGCAGGCUCUUCUCUCGGCUCAUGACACUGUGGCCCAGAAGGACUAUGAGCCGGUGCUGCCUCCGAUGCCGGACGAGCUGCCGGAGGAAGAGGAGGCCACCAGGAUCGUCUGCCUGGUGAAGAACAAGCAGCCUCUGGGAGCGACUAUAAAGAGAAACGAGAACACGGGGCAGAUCUUUGUUGCCCGGGUGAUUCAUGGAGGCCUGGCUGAUCGCAGUGGGUUGCUGCAUGCAGGGGACAGGAUCAUAGAGGUGAACGGUUUUCCUGUGGAUGGGAUGGAGCCAGAGCAAGUCAUCCAAGUUGUGCAAGUGAGGGCGCAGGGCACCAUCGUGUUUAAAGUGGUGCCCAUCACUGAGAGGCCGGUCCACAACCAGACCAUGCUCUACGUGCGGGCGAUGGUGGACUACAGCCCGGAGCAGGACUCGGCCAUCCCCUGCGCAGAUGCCGGGAUGAGCUUCAAGAAGGGAGACAUGCUGGAGGUGGUGGACCAGACGGACGCCCUCUGGUGGCAGGCCAAGAAACUGCCCGGCAGCUCCGCCUGCGCCGGGCUCAUCCCCUCCACCAACCUGCUCAAACGGAAGCAGAGGGAGUUCUGGUGGUCUCAGCCUUAUCAGCCAAACGCCUGCAUACACACCUUGAGCCCUGUAGAGGAAGAGGAAGACAUGAUGGCCAUCGAUGACAAAUGUGUAGAAGCAGAGGAGGAUGAUUUCAGCAGCAGCGCUGAAGGGCUUUUCUUAGUGGGCUUCAGGCGCAGCAUGCGUCUGUGUCGGCGGCGCAGUCACAGCACCGCCUCCUCUUCCUGCCACCCCCGCUGUCCCAACAGCUGCUGCAGCGCACUCAGUAGCCCGUACGAGGAGGUGGUGCGCUACCAACGCCACCCGCAGGACGCACACCGCCUCAUCGCACUGUUAGGUCCGUCUGGUGUGGGUGUGAAUGAACUUCGGAGGCGCUUGAUUGAAAUCAACCCGAACAUCUUCCAGGGAGCGGUACCUCACACCACACGAGCACCCAGAGGAUACGAAGAGUCUGGCAGAGAAUAUCAUUUCAUCAGCCGAGCAGUCUUCGACAACAUGAUUCAGAACAACAGGUUUCUGGAGUACGGCGAGUACAAAGGCAGUCUGUACGGCACCAGCGUGGAUUCUGUGAGGGAAGUCUUAAACAGCGGGAGGAUCUGCGUCAUGGACAUCGAGCCAAAUGCUAUCCCGGCAGUGAGGACCCACGAGCUGAAGGCCUACGUCAUCUACGUGAAGCCUCCCAAGGACGAGCGCCUCAAGGAGACCAGACGGGGGGCGCACAUCACCACCAACUACUACGUCAACCGGCCGUUCAAAGAUGAAGACUUCCAGGAGAUUGAAGAGUCCGCCCGUAAGAUCGAGUCCCAGUUCUGCCAGUUCUUUGACCACGUGAUCGUCAACGACGAGCUGCAGGACUCGUGCGUCCAGAUGCUGACCGCGGUGAGGAAGGCGCAGGACGAGCCACAGUGGGUCCCUGCCAACUGGAUACGAGCCACCAGCACGUAAGAGUGGACAGAAGCGGAGACAAGUGGGACCAGAGAAACGUGAACACCGAUUAUCAUGGCAACAAUUUUACGGAGAGUGGGGCGAUCGAAAUAAAUGAAUUUAAAUCUAAAAGCAACAGAGAUGACCGAUUUCUGAAGUGAGCAGAGGAUCAAGGCCCGUGUCUUUUAUCACCAUGGUGAUUCUUAUUACAGGCAGCAUAGGCCUACUUGCCCUUCUCUUCACUCUUUUACACAAACCCGCGAAAAUAUGUGAUUUGAUGUUUACUACUAAGCAACUGGUUUUGUUGUUUAUUGUGUUUUUCUUUUUAAAUGUGUGUCAUCUUUUGGCUUUUGCUCAAAUGUGUCAAGAAAACUUUCAUUAAACAUAACCAGAAAAGCUGUUUGGAACAGCACAUACACUGGUGUGACGUUAUUUAAUCAAACUGAUAUGAAAAUAUAAAAGCAAAAGCAAUGAUGUUGUAUUAUUUGUCCCUAUUUGUUUCAUUAAUAAACCACGUAUGAUAGUAA